AUGGGAAUACCAGCGGGUAAUGUAGAAAACGGUAAAAAGAUAUUCCAACAGAGAUGCGCUCAAUGUCACACCGUCGAAGCAGGUGGAAAACACAAAACAGGUCCUAACCUCUAUGGAUUAAUAGGAAGAAAAACUGGAUUAUCUCCAGGCUACAGUUAUUCCGAUGCGAAUAAACAGAAAGGAGUGACAUGGACUGAAGAUACGUUAUUUGAAUAUCUUGAAAAUCCGAAAAAGUUUAUUCCAGGUACCAAGAUGGUAUUUGCCGGAUUGAAAAAGGCUAAUGACCGGAUAGACUUAAUAGCAUAUCUUAAAGCUUCUACGAAGUGA